AUGCUGACGAAUUUGCACAACAGAAAUAUGAAACAUGCAGGUUCAUCCUCUCUGAGGAAAAGUAGUUUAGAGUAUCUUCUAAAUACUAAAAGUUGGCGUAAUCCUCUUGAACUUACAACUAAACAAAAUGCAAAUCAAGUAUUAUAUCAGUUCCUCCCGGUACACUUUGUGGAAUCAAUAAACUUGAAAAGCAAGGGAAAAAUUUUUAGAACAAAGUUUCAAUUUUUUUAUGAAUACACCUUUAAUAAAAGCUAUUGUCUUGAAUGUUUCUUUUUAUUAAUGGGAAAACAUUCACUUCCUGUAAUGAAAAAAUUCAGUCUAUUUUUGAUUUUACUUUUGCUUGUCUUAAUAGAAUGGGAAGGAAUUAUGCAUAAAUGGUCCUUAAAAUUUCUUUUUUUCAAUUACAACCUUGAGAGCAAACUUUUACGAGAAAUUUGUAGGCUGAAUUUACACCGUAACAAUGCUCUUAAACAAAGUGUUCUGUGGAGCCUCUCAAAAGCAGUCGUAUUUACUUACAGGAAAAUUAUUAAGAAUGUAAUGCGUCAGAUAGUUAUAGUUAGUAUUAUAUCAAAUCCUGUAACGAAGCAGCAUCAAAAAAUAAAUAAAUGCACUCAGAAGACGGAUAAGGGUAUUUACGAGUUUCGACUACGUCUGGCUUUUCUACACAUAAGGCAGCCAGAAAAUAAACUUGGUAAUAAUUUACUGCUCUGUUUACCACCUUGCUUUUUACUUGAUGUCAAACAACAGAUGGAUAUGUGUCAAUCCAGAAACUGGACAUCUCCACCUCUUUUAAUGGACAUAACUGCACGAUGUGUGAAAAUCUCCGACAUAUUUGAUAUUUACCUCAAUGAGUUUACAUACAUGGGUGUAGUUUCACCAUACAAAAGUGGCAUUCAAAAAUUCUCAUUUAAUCAGUUUUGCAAGCACUCUCGUGUUGCAGUUGACUUCAUGUACUUUCGAAACAAUGAGUACAUCUUUUCUUCUGCUUUUAUUCACAAUUUGUGUGAAAAAUGCCUGAUGUACACAUAUUUAAGCGAAAAGUCUGACUAA